GCCAGCGAACCAUCUAGAACCUCACCGAUACCUAGUCAGAGUCGAGUCAGUAUGAGCCCCAGGCUUGAAGGCCCAGAUACCAGCGCACCGAUGCUCCCGCCUAGGCCGCAGGUAAUGUCACUUGAGGCGCAGCCGCCCGUGUACAACCCCUUCGCCGACCCCAACGACCCCUCCAACGGCGACGACGGCUCCGACGGAACCAACGACCCGACCAAUCCGCUCCCGCCCGCACUCGCGAAGCGCUACCCGCGCCCGACCAACUACCUCUACAUCUCCGGCGGGGACCACGCCAUCCGGGGCGCAUACGCCAUCGACCCGGCGAUGCGCAUCCCACCGGCAGUUCUUCCUCCUCUUGAGGACGGCGAGGAGGAAGGCUCGAGGAAAAAUCUCAAGAUGACGACGCGCAAUGGGAGCAUUAGCGCUGACAUUUUGCUUAUCGGUCCCAAGAGCGAGAACGACGGGUUCAUUAGGCCGGGGAGAGGCGACGUGAAGAAGCGUGGUAGGGCACAGCUCGAGAUGACAUCUGAGGGGGGAAGUAUCACCGUCAGCAUGCGCAAGAUGGACACCGCCCCUUCUUUCAAGCUCAAGCUAACCUCUGGCAAGGGUAGCAUUCACACAAACAUCCCACGCACGUUCCACGGCCUGCUGCACCUGGCUUCGGGCUGCGGCAGCGUGUCUAUCGCCGACGAGCUGCGCAGGAACAGCACGCCCCUCAGCCAGGUUGGCGACACACAGCUUUGGUUCGUCGGAGACUUUUCAGUCUUCACGGACGACGAGUGGCACGGGGACGAGGUCGAGGUCAAUGCAGCGCAUGCCAGUAUCAGGGUGAGGUACGUGACGGAUAGGGACGGUGUUGGGAGAUGCUGGUUGGCGGACAAGCUGUUCAGCGGGUGCUGCUCUUGAUGGAGCGUUGUAGACGUUUUGAGUUUCUGUGUCGUUGUAAGAUUAAACCCAUAUCACUGUGCAUUGUUCUUCUACGUGGUCGCCGUAUGUCCUUGAG